UCUCUGUGCUGCAGUCAGCCCUCACUUCAGUUCAGUCAAACUUUGGGAAGUUGAUACUUGUAAAUAAAAUGGAUACAGCAGGAAAGGUCAUCAGAUGUAAAGCAGCAGUGGCCUGGGAGCCCAACAAGCCUUUGGUGAUUGAAGAGAUUGAGGUGGCUCCGCCUCAGGCCAAUGAAGUUCGUGUUAAGAUUGUGGCCUCCUCACUGUGCCGUUCGGACCUCUACUUUCUUCUGGAAGGCAAAAACGAUUCGAACUUCCCCAUGGUCCUCGGCCACGAGGCAGCUGGCAUCGUGGAGAGCGUCGGGCCCGGAGUCACUGAAUUUGAACAAGGGGACAAGGUGAUCCCGAUAUUUCUUUCGCAGUGUCGUGAAUGCCGCUUCUGCAAGAAUCCUAAGACCAACCUGUGUGACGACUCUGUACCCAUUGUUCGUUAUGAGGGAAUGCCAGAACCGGUUUCUCGGUUGACCUGCAAAGGGAAGAAGUUGACGCAGUUCACGAGAACCAGCACCUUCUCUGAGUACACUGUGGUGAAGCAGAGCGCUCUGGCCAAGAUCGACCCUGGUGCUCCUCUGGAUAAAGUCUGUCUCCUGGGCUGUGGAAUCAGCACUGGAUAUGGAGCAGCUGUUAAUACCGCCAAGGUGGAACCGGGCUCCACCUGUGCCGUGUUCGGCCUGGGAGCUGUGGGUUUGGCUGCAGUCAUGGGAUGCAAAGCUGCAGGAGCCAAAAGAAUCAUUGCUGUUGACACCAAUCCAGACAAGUUUGGCAAGGCCAAAGUGUUUGGUGCUACUGACUUUGUGAACCCCAAGGAUCAUGAUAAACCAAUCAGCCAGGUGCUGAGUGACAUGACCAACGGAGGCGUGGACUACUCCCUGGAGUGCAUCGGAAAUGUUGGAGUCAUGCGCAGUGCCUUGGAGUCUUGUGUGAGAGGUUGGGGCGUCAGCGUGAUUGUCGGCCUCACAAACGUGCACGACUUCUCUGCCCGACCCAUUCAGCUUCUGUUGGGACGAACAUGGACUGGCUCGGUUUUCGGAGGGUUUAAGAGUAAGGACGGCGUGCAGCAGAUGGUCAAAGCCUACAUGGACAAGAAGAUAAAGGUGGACGAGUUCAUCAGUCACAACUUGACCUUGAAUGAAAUCAACGAUGCCAUUGAACUGUUGAAGCAGGGGAAGAGCAUCCGGACUGUGAUGAGGAUUUCUCCAGAAUGAGCAAAACCUUCUCAAUCUGGACCUUCUGUCAAUACUCCGUUCUAAAUGGGACGACUGAGGCUUUGACAGGAAAUGGGCAACUUCUCAUUGUUACUACAAGACGACCACAUUCCGUUUGACCAGAAUCAUAUUUGGUGAUUAAAUGAAACAGAAUAAUUGUGUGUCACUAAUUUUAAUUUCCUAUUUGAUUUUUUUCCUUGAUAUUAAUACUGUAAUUUGUCAAAGAUUGCAAUUAAUAGGUACAAAGGCCGUAUGUGGCCUGCGGCUCCACAGUUGACCGUGUCUGGCUGAGACUGAUGGUAUUCUUCUAUGUACCACCAAUUUUCUGUCAUUUACUCAUUUGGAAAAAAUGAAACUCACAAUGAUGGCUUACAUGCCUAACAACAGUUAUGCCAAGUUUCACAUCUCAUUAUACUGGAGAAAGAUAGAGAAGAAAGAACAUGUUUCCUUUAUCUGCUUCAAGGGCCUGGAGCCCAUUACAGCCAACAGUUGGUGAAAGGCAGGAUACAGCCAUGAACAGGUCAGUCGUUAAUUAGAAAGUUAACACAGGCCAUCCGUCCUUUCAUUCAUCGUAUACAACCAUUUCAUCCAGACGCGAGCUCCUCCAGUUGGAGCUUAUCACAGCCAAUAAUAAGUGAAAACAGAAGUACAGUACAACAUAGAAAGGUCACAAGUCCAAGGAUGUAAAAGCAUUAGCAGUGGUUAGAUCAAUAAUCCGGUCUCGUCUCUGUAUCUCGUGUUUUCCCUCGCUGUCAUUGGCAAUGAAAAAAACUGUGACAGGCAAAUGAUGGAUGUAGCUUAUAUCGUAUUUUCCCACUGAUUAACAGUCGUAAAGAUGGCUUGCAAUGGUACACUCAUUUAUACACACCCAAAUGCUCAAGGACACUUCAACAUAUGGAGGACUGAACCUGAAAACUUUCACCUGAGAUAUGACCCGCUUUGCCAACUCAGCCAUAGUAUACGAGUGUGCAUUUGUAUUAUUCAUACCAUGGAUUUUGCAGUUUGUGUGUCCAGAUAUUUGCUUUGAUUUUAAGAGAUCUCUGCUGGUAACAACAUCAUGAUGUCCUGAGUGCAUUUAGUCAAGUGUAUAGCAUGUUCUCACCUAACAUGAUGUAGUCUACUAUUUAAAUCUUUUGGUCUAAAAAUGUCUGCGACUGGACUAAAAUAAGAAUAUUUGUUAGUUUUUUCUAUUUUUUUCAUCGACUAUUCAGUCUCAGUGACUUGAUAAAAAGAAAACAAAGUGUGUGGAGAGUAUGGCAAAAUAACCUUCAACGAAAAAAAGACACACAAAAGGGACUCUAUUUUCCUUUAGCGCACACACACACACACACACACACCCCAUUGUCGAUAUAGUCGUCAGUUUUUUUUUUUUUUUGUAAUCCAAAAGAGCACACUUUCCACUUUCCAUGACUGAACAGUACAAAGUGUACAUUCACCACACCCUCAUCUGGCUCACAUGCAGUGACUUGUCUCCAGACACCAGACGCCAUUCUAUAUGUACAUGCAACGCUUUAUUACACAGAACAGGCCACCAGACAUGAUAGAACAUGAUUAUAAUCAAGAUUAACGUUUUUACUCACGUCACUGUGAUGACUCACAUUCUAAAAGAUACUAACUGCUCAACAUUUGCUGAAUGUACUGUACUUAUAUCUAAAAAAAUGACGAUUUGAAUACAGUCAUCGUUAAUAAUUACUGCUCUUUAUUGCAGCUCGUCUCUUUCAUCACUACUUUGAAUUGGAGUCUGAAUACUAGUAGAUCAAAAAAUAGCAUAUGAUGACAAUUAAGAGUUACGAUGUUGUGUACACGGCAGUAUUUCAACUGCUUUACUUCUCUGGUUCCUGAAUAAAGUUUUAUAAUUGAA